AUGUUCGCCGCAAGAAGAGCAUUGACUGGAGCAGUCCAAAGCAGAGCUUUCUCUGCUUCUGCUAGAGAUCUCUCUAAAGUUACAGUUCUCGGUGCCGCUGGUGGAAUUGGACAACCAUUGUCUCUUCUCCUCAAGUUAAAUCCUCGCGUUACUGAUUUGGCUUUAUACGAUAUCCGUGGAGGUCCAGGUGUUGCAGCAGAUAUUUCUCACAUCAACACCAAAUCCAAGGUUACUGGAUAUGAGCCAACACCAUCUGGUCUUGCCGCUGCUCUCAAAGAUGCCGAAAUUGUCUUGAUCCCAGCUGGUGUCCCACGUAAACCGGGUAUGACCCGUGAUGACCUCUUCAACACCAACGCAUCAAUUGUUCGCGACCUCGCCAAAGCUGCUGCUGAAUCUGCACCAAACGCAAACAUCCUCGUUAUUUCCAACCCAGUUAACUCAACUGUUCCAAUCGUUGCCGAGAUCUUCAAGGCUAAGGGAGUUUACAACCCAAAGAGACUUUUCGGCGUUACCACUUUGGAUGUUGUUAGAGCUAGCAGAUUCGUCAGUGAAAUCAAGAAGACUGACCCUGCUGAUGAGAACAUUGUUGUUGUUGGUGGUCACUCUGGUGUUACCAUUGUUCCUCUUUUCUCUCAAUCAUCUCACCCAGAUCUCGUUGGUAACGAGAACCUUCUCAAGCGUGUUCAAUUCGGUGGUGAUGAAGUUGUUCAAGCUAAGGAUGGUGCUGGAUCUGCUACUCUCUCCAUGGCUAUGGCUGGUGCCCGUAUGGCCGAAUCAUUAUUGAAGGCUUCCCAAGGACAAGCUGGUAUCGUUGAACCAACUUUCGUUGACAGCCCAUUGUACAAGGAUCAAGGUGUUGAUUUCUUUGCUUCCAAGGUUGAAUUGGGACCAGAUGGUGUUCAAAAGAUUCACGAAGUUGGAAAGGUUGAUGCUGUUGAGGAGAAGUUGUUGGAGGCAUGCUUGGCUGAUUUGAAGAAGAACAUUCAAAAGGGUGUUGAAUUCGUCGCCAAGAACCCAGGAAACUAG